UGUGUGUGUGUGUGUGACUGAGAGGCAGUGAUGGUGACGGUGUGUGUGUGACUGAGAGGCAGCGCUGAUGAUGAUGAUGAUGAUGAUUGACGCGCUCGUGCCUCACUGACAGCUCGAGACUCACAGCAGCUGCGUGCGACUCAGACUCCUUCAGGUAAAAUCAUCAUCUUAUUAUUACUCUGAACUUAAUAAACAUUUAAUAGUAAUGCUUAGCUCAUGUUGUAGCCUGCACGGAUGUUUUCAGGAGAAGUUAAUAGAGUAGAUCAGAUUCACCAUCUAAUGAUUCCGUGAUCGGAGCUCUUCAUCACAUUAUCAGAUCAACUCCGCGGAACUAAAACCCACUAAACUCUUGCGUUUUUUAUGACGAAAAAUACAUAACAAAAUUAGGUUUCUGACAGGAAUAAUGACAUAUUUUAAAUCUUUCGAAAUUAUAAAGGGUUGUUGUCUAUUUUAAUGUAAUCAGUUUAAAUCUGUAAUACCAAAACAGCGCAAAAAAAAAAAAAAAAAAAAAACGUGUUCUGUGAAAAGCACUUUACAAAUAAACUGACAAAAGUAUAAAUAAUGCAAGUGUCAAUGGACUUAACAAAUAAAACAAACAAAAAAUAAAAUUUAAAUUUAAUAAAACAAAAAACUGGACAAUGAAAUGAAACAAAAAUGGAUUAAAGGCAUAAAAAACAAGAAGAUUUAUGCUUGUCAUGAAAUAUUAACUGUGCGACAAGCAAUGAUGGUUACUUUACAAUAUUUGUAUUGAUUUUUAAACAAAUAUUUUUUCAUGAUUCAGCCUUCAGGAGCCUCGAUGACAUCAUGAGUUACUGUGGUGACGGGGGCGGGGUCUUCAGAGAGGACACGCCUCGUCCUCCAGUGCCGGGGGAGGAGGGCGGAGUCUACAGCGGUAGGACUGCUUCUCAUUGGUCGGAGGGCUGUGAGGGCAUUGUCUACAGAGGUAGGACUGCUUCUCAUUGGUCGGAGGGCUGUGAGGGCGGGGUCUACAGCGGUAGGACUGCUUCUCAUUGGUCGGAGGGCUGUGAGGGCGGGGUCUACAGCGGUAGGACUGCUUCUCAUUGGUCGGGGGUCCCAGUGCAGUGCUCUGAUGGGGAUCUGGGGUUGAAGCCCGAGGGCAGCGUGGUGCUGGACGGUCCGGUCGAGCCCUGGGCCGAGACACUGCUCACGCUGCUGGAGGACAGUGAUGGCACGGCUCUGUUCCUGCGUUUCCUGCAGACGCUGGGCUGUGCGCCUCUGCUGGAGUUCUGGUUCGCCUGCAGCGGCUUCCAGAAGGUUCCCGAGGAUGCCACGGAGCGCCGGCUCAAGCUGGCCAGAGCCAUGUACCGCUGCUAUCUGUGUGACGGGGUGGUGUCCCGCAGGAUCUCCGCCGAGGCCAGGUGUGGUAUACGGGACAGCAUCCUGCAGCUGCGGCUAGACUCCGCCCUCUUUGAGCCGGCGCACGCACAGGUGCAGGAGGAGCUACAGGACAGACUGUUCCCUCGCUUCCUCCGGUCAGACCUGUAUCUGGAACACACCUCACCAGAGACACGCCUAGCAGGACACCAGGCCACACCCCCUCAGGGGGAGGAGUCUGAGAAAGAGACCCUCCCUCCCCACAGCGCAGCCAAUCAGAAGCGUCCAGGCAGUCAGGAGCACAGACAGCGUCGUCACGCGUGUCAUCGACACCACCGAACACGAGAGAGAGACACGAGACACACACACCUGCCACACACACCGGUGAAGAUGACGCCACACACCUUCGCAGCGGAGCUGAUGAGACGACUGCAGGAGCUGCACACACACACACAGACUCACAGACACACGGAAGUAGAAACCAGUGCCAUCACUGCAUUCUCAUCGUGUGAUUCGCUGAAGACGCUGGAGAGCGACUGCACACGGCCGGACACACGUGACGCUAGCGUGAAGAGCAUCGAGACGUCGAGUCCUGCACACACACACCAGUGUGUGACGGUGGUGUAUUGUUACGAUGGAGAGCUGGUCCCGUACAGGACGUGUGUUCAGGGAGUCUCUGCGGUCACUCUCGGCCUCUUCAAGUCUCUGCUGACGCGCCGGGGCUCGUUCAGGUUCUUCUUCAAGAGAGCGAGCGCUGAGUUCGACUGCGGAGCGGUUCAUGAGGAGAUACGAGAGGACCACGCUGUCCUGCCCACGUUUGACCACAAAAUCAUGGCCAGAGUGGAGAGAAUGAGCGAAACUACGAUCACAAACCUCUGAACACAAGCCCUGUCCUGAACAAACUCUAUAAGCGCUUGAGUUUCAGGGUGCUGCUUUUGAGUAAAGUCAUUCAUUCAUGUUUCUUCUCAUGUCACCCUACAGUCAUAUUACAGUCCACAAUAAAAGUCUGAGAUCUCUUCUCACUCUCCAUGAAGCAUCUGUGAGUGCUUCUAUACUCUAUUAUCAUAUAUCUAUAUGUGUCUUUAUUCUGAGUUAUAAACACUGUUGUUGAAAGGUUUAGGAUCAGUAAGGACCAGCCCCAGACUCAAACACUGAUUUAACUGAAAACCAGUGAAACUCAAACUCAAAAGCUAUAGUAGUUUAGUUAUGGUGAUGGUUCUGGUCAUGAACACAUAAGCAUGUUCCUGAGGGGUGGUUAAUAAAGCCUGGUGUUAAAACACGUGCCAUCUUCAUUGUAAAAUUUAAUAUUUUCCAUUUAAACUGUGGGGAAAAAAAGAAUGAAAAUAGAGAAACCCUUGGAAGAACUGUUGAGAAACUGUGGGUCACAUUCAUGUGUGUGUAAACUGAUUUAACAUCUGGAUGUUGGAAAAGAGUGAUGGAAAUA